AUGGGAGGUGGAGAUACAGAUGUAGUGUUGUGCAGCGUCACCCAGCAGGUGAUGGCUAAGAUGGCUAAGAGCACGGGGGAGCGUGGCUGCACGAUCAAGCAGUUUACGUGGAUGAAGCCUCCAUCUUUUGCUAGACGAGUUGACCCGAUUGUGGUUGAAAAUUGGAUUCAAGACAUUGAGGAGAUAUUGGCGGUGCUUUCAUGUACAGACGAACAAAAGGUGUCAUUUGCGUCAUUUAAAUUGAUAGGGGAGGCAAAACGUUGGUGGAGAUCGACAAUUUUGAUUGAGAAGCAGAGGCUUAAUCCCAUGCCAGUGAUGUGGGGUCAAUUCAAGGAGCUUUUCUUCGAGCGAUAUUUCCUUGCUAUCAUUUGGAGUGCAAAGGCAAUAGAAUUUCUGCAUUUAGCUCAGGGGAAAAUGAAAGUAUCACAAUAUGCAGCACAAUUUAUUGAGUUGUCUCAAUUUGCCUCACACUUGGCACCAGAUGAGAAGAAGAAAAUAAGGAAACUUGAGGAAGGUUCUAGGCAAAAUUUGUUUGAGCAAGUCAUCUAUUUUCAGGCUCAGACAUUCACGAAGGUGGUGAAUGGAGCUACUGUUAUUGAGAGUGGCAUGUAG